AUGAUACUCUCAAUGCUCUUAGGCUAUGUCGCCUCCGGCCUGAUGGUCGGAACACAGGCUGUUCCGUCUCCUGUGAAUUCCCACGCGUCGGGACACGAGCCUGCCGGCCACGAAUGGCAGAAACCAGGGCCGUUUGACAGUCGAGCCCCAUGCCCAGGCCUCAACUCCCUAGCAAACCACGGCUGGCUCCCACGCCACGGCAAGAACAUCACCUACGACGACAUCAAGUACGCGGCCUACCAUGGCUACAACUACACCGAAGACGUCUACGAGAUCUUUUACAUCCUCGCCACCCAAGUCUUCACCAACAUCUCCACCACGGGGAACGCCUCGACAUUCAAUCUCGAAGACCUGGCGAGACAUAAUACGAUCGAGCAGGACGGCUCCCUGUCACGAAACGACAUAUACUUUGGAGAUAACCUGCAUUUCUCCGCGCCGGUUUGGGAGCCUGUGGCGGAGGAUUUGGGUCUGAAGGGCUAUGCGGCGAAUGACAGCUACGUGACAAUCGAGACGGCGGCGAAAGCAUAUUUGGCAAGACAGGAGGCUGCUCAGGCGGCGAAUCCGGCGUUUACAGUGUCCUUCACUCAGAGAAAUGGGACGAGAGGGACGACGGCACUGUACCUGGCAACGCUAUGGGACUAUGGGGCCAAGGCCGCUCCGAAGGCGUGGGUGGAUACAUUUUUCACUGAAGAACGCAUCCCGUACCUGGAAGGAUACACGACGCCGAAGCAUAAGAAUACGGACUUCAUUCAUGAACUUUUCGUGGCCAUUGAGGAGCUUGUUGGUUUCGAUUGA